AUGUCUGCGGAAAUCCUGACCCGUGCGGAAGUUGCUAAGCACAACACCGAGGAGUCUCUCUGGUGUAUCAUCGACCACCAAGUCUAUGAUUUAACGGAAUUUGUGGACGCCCACCCCGGUGGCAGUGUAGUCCUAGCCCAGGUGGCCGGCCAGGAUGCAACAACCGACUUUUACAACCUGCACCGUCAGGAGGUCCUGGAGAAAUACCGAGACCAGCUCUGCAUCGGCACUAUUGAAGGAGAGAAGUCCGAAGUCAUCGUGCCGACGCCUGGUGCCUUGAGCCCCGUGCCCUAUGCCGAACCAUUAUGGCUACGUCCGGAAUUCAAGUCGCCUUACUACAAGGAGACACAUCGGCGUCUUCAAAGGGCGGUUCGAGAGUUUACCGAUAAGUACGUCACACCCGAGGCGCAGGAGAAGGAACGCGAUGGUACCUACAUUAGUCAAGAGCUCAUCAACCGUAUGGCCGAGACAAAUGUACUUGCCAUGCGCCUGGGUCCUGGAAAGCAUCUCCACAACCGUAGCCUGCUUGGCGGGGUCGUGGAUGGGAAGGAGUUUGACUACCUUCACGACAUGAUUGUGACGCAAGAGUUGGUUCGGGCCAACGCCCGAGGAUUCCAGGAUGGUAACAUGGCUGGCAUGGCAAUCAGCUUGACAGCAGUACAGCAAUGGCUGCGGGAUCCCGUUCUCAAGGAGCGGAUCAACGAUGAGGUCUUGUCUGGCCAGAAGAAGACCUGCCUGGCUAUCACCGAGGCCUUUGCCGGUAGCGAUGUCGCUGGUCUGAAGACGACCGCAGUGAAGACUCCAGAUGGCAAGCAUUAUAUUGUUAACGGAACCAAGAAAUGGAUCACAAACGGCAUGUUCGCCGAUUACUUCGUAACUGGGUGCCGUACCGAGAAGGGUUUCUCGGUGCUGUUGAUUCCUCGGGGCGAAGGUGUUGAGACCAAGCCCAUCAAGACAUCAUACUCGACUGCUGCUGCCACUGCAUUUGUGCAAUUCGAGAACGUCAAGGUCCCCGUCCAGAACCUUCUCGGCGAGGAGCACAAGGGCUUCAUUGUGAUCAUGAGCAACUUUAAUCAUGAGCGGUUCAUGAUGGUGGCUGCAGUAGUCCGGAUGUCAAUGACCGUUGUGGAAGAGACUAUGAAAUGGUGCAAUCAGCGCAUCGUCUUUGGCAAGAAGUUAAUUGAACAACCCGCCAUUCGUCAAAAACUUGCCCGCAUGAUCUCCCUUACCGAAUCCAACCAGGCCUGGCUUGAGUCCAUUGCCUAUCAGAUGUGCAAUAUGACCUAUGCCGAGCAAGCGAAGCAUCUUGGUGGGCCAAUCGGAUUACUCAAGUCACACUGUACCCAGGCCGCAGGCGAGAUUGCCAGUCACGCCACAAACAUAUUUGGUGGUCGUGGUAUCACCCAGUCCGGAAUGGGUAAGAUCAUUGAGAUGUUCCACCGCACAUACAAGUUUGACGCUAUUCUGGGCGGGACCGAGGAAAUCCUGGCGGACUUGGGAGUGCGGCAGGCGAUGAAGAAUUUCCCGAAGGCAAUGCUUUAG